UGUGGCGAUUGUUGCGAAAUAACGUCGCAAUGUAGAUCUGUCAAAGUCAGUCGAUUGUACGUAAAGCAAUUUGAUGGUGUAUGGCCAAAUCAAAGAUUCCUCCAAAGGAAGCGGAGAUUCCAUUUAUUCCAGUUCCUUACGAAACAACCGACGUACUGACAUCAAUUACUUUACUUGGCAGCGCAGAGAAAAAUAUCGUACUACGGGCACUGAAUACUUUAACUAAGUUCGCAGAUAGAAAAGACACAAAUUCCGAAUAUCUCUACAAAAAUGGAGCGAUGACCAAACUGGUGGAUUUAUUAGAGUAUUCCGAUUUGGCGAUACUUCGAUUUACGUUAAAGUUACUAGCGCAAAUGGUGACGAUCAGUUCCGAAGCGGCGGAGGAGAUGUCGUUCGGCAGUUACAAGUCCUUUCUGGGCCAAAUCACCUUUCUGUUUGUAACGUCACAAGAUGCGUUUGUGAAGGAGUUCGGCGCGCAGUUUUUGGCGAAUGUGAGCGUUCCGGCGGUCAGCUCCAGCCUGUUGCGUCUGGGAGUGAUGGCUCCGAUCUUCUCCGUGCUGAAAUACUCCGACGAUCUGGACACGCAGUUUUACACGUUGAGGCUGCUUUACAACGUACUGGAGGCGCGCGAGGCGCCCUCUGUAAUUCCGAACGUUCCCGAAUUUUCAGCGGAGACUCUGUUGGACUACCUGCUGCAUUCUGUUGCCGAGGUCAGAUCCGAAGCGCUCAACGUUGUUGAAGGGUUGGCUUUGUGGAAAAGUGCGCGGGUCCAGGAGCACUUUCGGGAAAGUCGCACCAUGGAGAGGCUGCUGCAGAUAAUUUUGCAAGAGGAGUACAAGAGCAUGCACAAGAAGGCAUUCGCAAUUAUACUGAUCAGUACCGAGUGCCCGCAAACCGUAAGUCAUCUCGUCAAAACCGUGGAGUUCCUCGAGUUCUGCCAGUGGGCGAAAUCCUGCCCGAAGAAACUAAUCCGCCCCGCCGCCACAAUUUUAGCGGCGAUAACCAAGGAUAGCUCACAUUUGCAGCUACUCUUCGAUUUUUCAGUUGAAGACACGAUCUUAUCGUUCUUCAGAACCGAAAACGAGUUUGUACACUACCAGGUGUGCGUUGCCAUUUCUAAUCUCAGCGCCCAUCGGUACUGCUGCCAAAAGAUUGUGACCCCCGUGGUCGUCAAGUGCAUACUCAGAAUUCUGCACCGGCUCAAUCUCCCGUUCAACCCCUACCACGAGAUCGCCUACAAGACUAUCUUAGACUUACUGAAACGCAACGAAAAGACCAUUAACCUAGUUGCGAGUAGCGACGGCAUCCACCUAUUGCUCGGCGGAUUACUCAGGAAAAAGGACAAUUACUCAUCGGAAGGACUAUACGAUCAGCUCUACAUUUUGUACAUUUUCUCGUCCAACACCCAGUACAAGCACCUAGCCAUGAGUUCCGCCAUCUUCCAGGUGCUGUUGCAGAGGUACGCCGAACACUCCGAGUACUCAAAUCUCUCACUGUUGGUCAUCGACCAAUACCUGGAAAUUGCCGAAUACCGCCAUUACUACCUCGAGUACCUCGGGCCGGCGAAAGUUAUAGAGGUCAUCACGUCAACCCCCAACGAAAUACUGCUCAAAAACACUUUGGUGCACUUGAAAAACGCGUGCGUCUACAAGAACAUUUGUAUGGAGUUCUUGUGGCAAGGCAUCCUGGACACCUUGGAGCAUUUCUCCGACGAAGUAAAGGAGGAAAUACCCAUCGUGAAUCACUUGAUCGCGACCAUUUACAAUUUUUAUCUUCCGCUCAAGUUCGAAAGGGAGAGGCGGCUGGAGGUGACCGAUCACUUGCCUCGCAGGUUUUACGUGGUCAAAGGUCGCCACGGCGAGUUUCCCUUCUUGGAGAUUUUGGAUAGGAUCCAAGCCUGCUCGCGUAACAUAAUCUACGUGGUCGACUGUACAGCCGAUGUAUCUCACCUGGAAAUAGCAGUGCAAGAAUCUGAAUCAGUUUCAGAUUUAACUUGUAAGGCACCGUCGUCAGUAAACUACGGAUGCCUAUCGGAAGACACGUACCUUCCGCAGUACGUCCAUAAGUUAAGGAAGAGAAUUUACGAAAACAAGAAGCACGUGAUGUGCUUUCAACACCAGGUGAAAACGCUCGCGGAAUUCGUUAACAAUACACUUUCGGGACCGCUAAAUGCAAGCACCAAGACGGACCAGCACUGCUUGGAAGUUCACCUGGCGGCUCUUAGAGAGAAGCUCGGCACUAACUUGAUACCUAUUGGCUUUUUACGGCACGGGUUUCACUGCGAAAAGUCCUUACUAUUCAAGGCGCUGGCUGAUAAGCUAGGCAUUCCCUGUACCUUAUGCAAAGGGAAAGGCAGAAACGAUUCGAUUUAUUGGAACGAGGUACCGAUACUCUGCAACGAGGAGUACGAGCAGUUGGGAGAGAAUGUUAGCACUUACAUGGGAUACGCCGUGGUGGAUUUAAUGGACGACAUAGGGGAAUUAAUGUUGGUAGGUACAAUGAAAGCUGACAACUAUUGUGGUAUCCAAGUGGAUUGGGUAAAUGGAAGUCAGCAAAUCACAUUGGAAGCCAUCUUAUGUAAAGUGUAACGCGAUAUCGCAUUUUAUUAAAAAUAAAGCGCGUACUCUGGAACUGUACUCACUGGCAACAACUUUAA